AUGCUCAUCAACGCCGCCCGCUUGCUCCUCCCAGCCGCCGCUCUCGUCCACCUCAGCUUGGCCUGGGCCACGAGCGACCGCUGCAACGGCUACUCAUCGACGCUGAUCCAGAUCAAGCACGCGGGCGACAUUUACAAGCAGCCCUCCGUUCCGGGUCUCCCGCCGCCAGGGGUGAAUCCAUACAGCUUGAUCGACACGCUCCUCAAGAACGGAGAGGACUGGUGCAAGCACUGCGCGAGCCCGCGCGUUUCGGUCGACGCCGGCCGCUACAAAGCGCAGAUGGACAAGCUGCUCUCGUAUGCGCAUCCCUACUCCGCUAGCUCCUGGGACAGCGUGCAGUCUCUCGGCGAUGCCUUGGAACACUUGUGCAAGGCAAGCCGGAAAGAAAAUUAG